CAGCACAUUGGAAGUGUCGGAAGUUUAGCAGUAGUGAUUUAGCCCGACAGGCUAACAGCGGAGACUCGGUCCCAUCGUCAAAAACUUGGUUUUCUGCCACAAAGAAGUGCGUUUGGACGGAGCCUCCCAUCCCGCAGUGAGGCGCGAAGGACUAUCGAUGGAUAUGAACCGUUUUUCGCACUUUGAUUGGCACAAACAGGAACGUUAGAGAGCUUUGAAAGAAGUUGUGAUUGUUUUUUGGCGCUCUGGCAGCGCAGAGGAAAGAUGGAGGAUCUGCGGGUGUAAGCAGCGGCUAAAGCUAGCUGGCUCCUCCGUCUGCUGCCAGCGUCGGUCCGGAACAAACCUGAGCUGCUUCUCCGCUGUGUGGAAAAGUCUGGAUACCUUGGUUGAACAGGCCGGCAGUACCUGAGCUGCUGUUCAUGUUUGCAGAUCUUCUAAAGCAUGAGUGUCCCUCAGGCUCUGAGGAUGGGACCAGAGCUACUGGAGGCAGGAUCUAGACAUCACAUGGUGCUCUGAAGAAGCCAUGGGUAGCUGUUUAAGCUGUCCAGAGAAAGAGUCAAUUCCAGAUAAUCAUCAGAGUAAAUUCAAGGUGAUCAACGUGGACGACGAUGGGAACGAGCUGGGCUCAGGUGUGAUGGAGCUGACCGACGCCGAGCUCGUCCUCCACACCCAUCGCCGUGAUGACGUCAGGUGGCCUUACCUGUGCCUACGGCGCUAUGGCUACGACUCCAACCUGUUCUCGUUUGAGAGCGGCCGCCGCUGCCAGACGGGCCAAGGUAUUUUUGCCUUCAAAUGUUCUCGAGCUGAAGAGAUCUUCAACAUGCUGCAGGAGGUGAUGCACAGUCACAGCAUCAGUGUGGUGGAGGAGGCGGUGCUGGAGCCAAACCACCAGGCUGCACACACUCCUGCAGCUCUGGGUUACUCGGUGCCCACGGUGCCUAAUGGUGUGACCAGGAUUCCCUCUGUGGGUGAGGCACCGUCUCACCCCUCCACCCGUCACCCGUCUGUGGCGAGCACCCGUCUGCCGUCAGUGGGGGAGGAGUCAACUCACCCUCUGCUGGUGGCUGAUGAAGCGGUUCACACCUAUGUCAACACCACGGGGCUCCUGGAGGACCAGCCCAGCCCUCUGACCGUCACCACCCCUUUGGAGAGCCCCACCUCUCCCCAGUCCCAGUGUCCUCCCACCCCCCCGCCUCCUCCCAGGCUCCGCACCGAGCCUCUGGCCCUGCCCCCGGCUCCCCAGACGGAGCCCCAGGUGCUGCUGGAGCCUCAGGGGGUGCGCUUCGUGCUGGGUCCCACCCCUGUUCAGAGGCAGCUGAUGGAGAAGGAGAAGAGGCAGCAGGAGCAGAAGGAGGCCCAGGAGCCGCAGGAGUCAAACGGCCACGCCGAGGCCCCCGCUGAGCCUGAGCCUGCCCCCCCGCACUCCAAUGGCUCCUCCUCUUCCUCCAUUCCGUCGACGGCUCCCCGCCGCCAUCGCCCACCCCCCCUCACCCCUGACCUGCAGAAUGUCAACAAUUCGGCCCAGCGGCGCACUGCCCUGCUGGACUAUGAGAACCUGCCGGCGCUGCCGCCGGUGUGGGAGGCGAGGAAGCCGAGCUCAGAGGAGGAGGAGAACAGCUGUGGCCUGAAAACGCCUUCGCUCAAUGGCUACAACCACCACCCCCACCACGGCCUGCUGCACCACUCCUACUCCCAUCCCCUGUCUGCUGCCCUCGAACCCUCGCACAACUACGUCAACACGGAGAACGUGACGGCGCCGCUCAGUGCCCACCGGCCAGACACGGCCCGGCGCCGCACCGACGGACCCACCAUCUUCAACUUUGACUUCCGCCGGCCGCCGCUGCCGGGUCACCCGGAGCCACCCAAAACCCUCAACUACAUCGAGGUGGAAAUGGAUGGCGGUGCCGGGAACAAGGGCGCCUCAGACGGCAGCGACCCCCACACGCCCCGCACCCCCACGUCACCGCUGCCUCCCACCACCCCCACCCGCCGUACCGAGCUCUAUGCCCUCAUCGACAUCGAGCGCACUGCCGCCAUGUCCAACCUGCAGAAGGCCCGGCCGCGAGACGACGGCACGUCACGCAAGACGAGACACAACAGCACGGAGCUGCCCACCAAAAGCACUGUGUGACCCCCCCAGCGUCCUGUUACCCCCCACGGAGCUGCUGCCCGUCCUGCCCGGGACGCAGCCACAGACUCCACCUGAACCCACAUGACUUCCUGCGGUCACCUGCUCAGGUCGACCCUGAAGAAUGAACAUGGUCAUUUAGCAGUUUAUCCUCUGAUACCUCUGAUAAGUCAGUGCAGAGUGACGCCGACGACGCCGAUGAUGAUGAUGAUGAUGAUGAUGAUGAUGAUGAUGAUGAUGAUGUUGAUGUUGAUGUUGUUGUUAAUAGACUGCAUUCCUCCUCUUUAUAUGGUACAAAUCAGUAUUACUGAACAAAGCAUUCCAUUUAGCCUUUUUAUAUGAUUCACUACAUGCUGCUGUAAUUCAGUAUCUAAGGACCACAUGGUACACCACAUUAUGUUUCUGAGUAUGUACAGUAGAUCCUGGCACAAUAAAUGUCUGUUGUUUUUAUUUGUA